GUUUUGCAAAGAUUUUCAUGAGAAUUUUCGGUUUUCACUAAUUUUCAGCAGAUCUAUUUUAAGACAAAUGACUGAUAACAGCUUAAUUUAUAUCCUCUGUUAGUUUUCUAUUAACACAGUCAUGUGUGUCGAAGUCGAAAACACGAUCUCCAUAUGAUAAAUGUUUGAAUUUCGAACUGUUUCGUUCAACGGGGUGCUGAAGAUUUAAUUUUUAGGAAUAUGAAAUGGAACUUGAAGGGUUGGAAGGGUCGUUGGCUGUGGGCGUUGCUGGUGGUUAUUCUGUGUACACUGACGGUCGCACAGAAGAUCGGUGACCCAUAUAAAAUUCUCGGUAUACAUCGAAAAGCAAGCUUGCCUGAGAUACGAAAGGCAUAUCGGCAAUUAGCAAAGGAAUGGCACCCAGACAAGAAUGAAAAUCCAAAUGCUGAAGACCGUUUUGUGGAGAUCAAGCAAGCCUACGAGCUGCUUUCGGAUACAGAACGGAGGCAGGCCUACGACUUGUAUGGUAUCACAAACGAAGACGACCACAUGUACAAACCGAGACAUGACUAUAGUCAGUAUGCAAGGUUCAGCAAUGAUCCCUUCGAAGAGUUCUUCGGCACACAUUUCCGGACCCAAGAUCAAGACAUAACGCUCUUCCACAAACUUUCCGUCACUGCCAGACACUUCGAGAACAAUAUACUGGAGAAGAGCGUUCACACUCCGGCCAUAGUCCUGUUCUACACGGACUGGUGCUUCGAGUGCGUGCGCGGCGCGGCGGCGUGGCGCCGGCUGGUGGAGGCCAUGCAGCCGCUGGGCGUCACCAUGGCGACGGUGCACGCGGGCCACGAGGCGGGCCUGGCGCGCCGCGUGGGCAUCCACGGCGUGCCCUGUCUCACGCUCGUGCUCGACAAACACGUCUACGUCUACAAAGAGAGCCUGUCUUCAACGCAAAAGAUAUUGGAGUUCAUCCGUUGGCGUUUCCCGUACAAGAUGGUGUUAAGUGUGACGGAUGCGAACGUGGACUCGUUCAUCUCGGACUUCGAGGACAACAAAGUGAAGGCUCUGAUCUUCGAGGAGCGGCACACGAUGCGGCUGCGCUACCUCGUCACGGCCUUCCACUACCGCGACCGCGUGGCCUUCGGUUUCGUGGACAUGAAGUCUCAAGACACGAGGAACGUGUCGGGCCGCUUCAAGGUGCAGCGCGACGUGGACACCAUGGUGCUGGUGAAGGAGGACAGCGACGCGCCCGCCGCCACCGUCAGCACCGCCGAGAUACCCACCGAGACACUCCACCAGCUCAUCGAUGCUGAACAGCUGCUGACGCUGCCCAGGCUCUCGUCGCAGAGCGUGCUGGAGCGCGCGUGCCCGGUGGAGUGGCGCGCGGCGCGGCGGCGGCUGUGCUGCGUGCUGCUGUGCGCGCGCGGGCCCGGCUCGCAGCCCGCCCGCGCCGCGCUGCGCCGCCUCGCCCGCCGCGCGCCCGCCCCCCCCGCGCGCGCGCACUUCGCCUACGUGUACACGCACGCGCAGCCGGACUUCGUGCGCGCGCUCGCCAACGGAUCCGGCAUAGACACAUCCGAAGUGGAGCACCGCAUAGUGAUAAUAUGGCGGCGCGAGGUGUCCCGGAUCCAGUACGAGUGGUUCAACGAGAGCUGGCCGGCGCGCCUGCCGCACAACGGCACGGAGGCGGCGCUGCUGCACACCAUCGCGCGCCUGCUCAAGCCCACCGAGGAGCUCGCCUACGAAGCGCACGUGCAGGAGCUGGCGGACGAGGCGGCGCUGAGCGCGUGGUGGCGGGCGGCCGUGCGCGCGUGCGAGUGGUGGCAGCGCACCGUGCGGGCGCGCCACGCCCUCUCCGCGCUUUCCGCGCUCGCCACCGUGCUGGUCGUCGCCGGCCUGGGCUACCUCAUGGCGCACCUCAUUAAAAUAGAGGAGGAGUCGGUUCAGCGUCAGAAGGAGGAGCGCAGGAAGCAGGGCGGGGGCGGGGGCGGCGGCGGCAGGGCGGGAGCGGAGCCGCAGCCCGAGCUCAGGCUGCACGAGCUGCGCGCCGAGAAGUACAACGGGCUGGUCAGACUGAUGAAGCCCGGCUGCCGCACCAUCGUGCUGCUGGUGGACAUGCAGAGUCGGGUGCAGCUGUUGUCCAAGUUCCACAAGAUCGUGUGGCCUUACCGCAAGAACAAGACGCUGGUGUUCGCGUACCUGGUGGUGGAGCGCAACGUGUCGUGGUUCGCGCGCGUGCUGGCGGGCGCGCUGGGCGGCGCGGGGCUCGCGCUCAACGCCCGCAACUGCGUGGGCACCGUGCUGGCGCUCAACCCGCACCGCCGCUACUACUGCAUCUACCACGCCAAGCUGCCCGAGGGCUCCAAGCCGCACAAGCGCAUGAGUCGCAUGACCCGCGCCCUGGGAAGCAGACGGGCCGACCCAGAAGCCGGCGCCUUCAUCGGCUUCCACUCCGACCAAGACUCUUCUGAUGAUGAGCAGGACUCUCCGGUAUUGCUACAGGAGAAUCUCCUCGACGGAUUGGAGAACUGGUUGGACCGGCUGUUCGAAGGAAGCACCCACCGUUACUACAUCAACUACUGGCCCGACAUGACGAAAUGAACAUAGAACUAAUCAAUAAUGUGCUCUAUUAUUAUGGAUAUAACGUUCAAAAUCGUUUGUCGGUUGAUGCUGUGUUGUCUUUUGGUUU